UCCUCUCGCCGUGUUCCCGCGCCGUUCCGGUCUUCAGGGCGGACUGUGAGAGGAGAGGAGUUCGUCACGCUGCCCCGCCUACAUCCUGACAGCCAAUGUUUGCCACGCUCCGCGGGCCGGAUUAAAAGAGUCCUGACUUUUGGGGCGGCCGCCCAAGAGGAGGGAGGGGAACGGGCACCCCGGCACACAGAAGAGCCGCAUUAAAAUGUGUAAAGACCCGCGGCUUGCCGACCACUGAGCUACGGCAACCCUAUUGCCUGUCACCUGGUGGGCAGUGUGCUUCGGAGCCGCAGCAAAGGUGAAAAAGAGCCGCAUGCGG